AUGGCUCGAGAGGAGCUGAUCACGUCGGCGGAUCCCUCUGUGUCGUCCGCGCCUCUGGAGAAGAAAGUUGCAUUCCUGCAGUCCAAAAACCUGACACAGGAAGAGAUUGAUAUAGCCCUAACUAGAAGCGGCUCUUCUAGUCCAUCUACACCUGCGUCAGAGCAACAGGGCCGUGCAGUUGUCCCGUCACCGCCGCCAUACCGGGCUCCCCCAAACCAGAGCUAUGGAUACGGACAGGCUGGUCAAUGGGGUUACCCAACUCCUCCAGAUCUCCCAAGGCGUGAUUGGAGGGAUUGGUUUAUCAUGGCGACGGUAAUGGGUGGUGUUGGUUAUGGUCUUUAUUUUGUUGCAAAGCUUCAACAAGACAAGGAAAGUGUGGAUGAGCAAUUUUCUCGUGCAUUUUCUCUCCUAGACCAACUUUCCGCAGAUACCGCUGCCCUCAAGGCUGCUGAAGAAGCCCGAACGUCUCGACUUGAUACUGCGCUCCGUGACGUAGAGGAAGUCGUUCAAGAACUCAAAGUUUCGUCCCGGAGACGUGACGAUGAAACUAGGCGCAUUAGUGAAGAAGUAAGGAGCUUGAAGGAUGGCAUUCCAAAAGCCAUUGAAGGAGCUCGCGAAGGGAACGAGAAACGGCUAAGGGAGCUCAACUCAGAGCUAAGGAGCUUGAAGGUUCUCCUGACAAAUAGACUUGGUUCUGGUGCAUCGACUCCAACGCCUAGCGCUGCUACCACAACUGCCGCUACGCGACCAGACGUCAAUGGCACUGCUUCUGCCACUCAACAAACCUCGUCACCUGCUACGCCAAGCCCUGCGGCAGCCUCUGUACCAGCCUCAACUCCAGCUCCACGAGAGCGCUCCGGCAGCCCGUUUUCUCAGCUCGGGAAACCAGCAAGCAUCCCAGCAUGGCAGAUGGCUGCUGCUAACAAAGCCAAGAGCACUGCAGCCUCUCCUUCGGUUGAAGAUGCAGGUGAAGAGGCCGACAAGGCCGAGAGCAACCAGCAGUCUGCAUCUACCGCCAGCUAA